AUGAGUGCAUAUAAGGAACUUGAGAAACUCUUUACGAAGGUGUAUCACUUUCGACACAUGACCUCCCUUGGAUUUUGGGAUACACAAGUGAUGAUGCCUCCAAAAGGUGCAGCUGCACGUGGAGCUGCAGUUGCGGAACUUGAAUCACACAUUCACACUUUACUAACAGAUCCUAAAGUGGCAGUUCUAUUAAAAGAAGCACUCAAGGAAGAUGCGAAACAACAAUUAAAGCCUCUCCAAUCGGCAAAUCUACGUGAGAUGAAGAUGGAGUGGGAACGGGAAACCCUCAUUCCAGAUGAACUGGUGCAGCGUAAGGCCAUAUUAACAAAUAAGGCUCAGUCUAUAUGGAGACAAAGUCGUGAGGCAAAUGAUUACAAUAUGUGGAUGCCGACAUUUGCAGAAAUUGUACAACUUGCAAAAGAUAUUGGUGCGGCACUUGCUCACAAGAGUGGUAAACAUCCAUAUGAGGCUCUUUUAAAUCUCUAUGAACCUGGUAUGUCAUUGGAUCGUCUGGAUGCGAUAUUUAAUGAUGUUAAAUCAUGGUUACCAGAUCUUAUUGCGGAAGUGCAGGCAAAACGCGAAAAUAACCCGGUAAAGACAAUAGAACCGCAAGGACCAUUUCCCAUUCCCGCCCAACGUGAACUCAGUCGUUACUGUAUGGAAUUGUGGGAAUUUGAUUUUGAGGCCGGUCGACAGGAUGUGAGUACACAUCCUUUCUGUGGAAAUGUAAGAGGUGAUGUACGGGUUACCACCAAGUAUGAUGAGGCGCAGUUUGAACCGGGACUCAUGGCACUUAUUCACGAAACCGGACAUGCAAAGUAUGAACAGAACUGCGGACCACUAUCCAUGGCCACUCAACCAGUCGCAAAAUACCGUUCACUCGGUAUACAUGAAGGACAAUCCCUUUUUGCAGAACGCAUGAUUGGACGCUCCGCUGCAUUUAUGGAACACUUGAUGCCAAAGAUGAAGGAGUUAUUUGGGGAUCAGCCGGCCUUUACAGUGGAAAAUAUGCGGCGAUAUACACAAAGGGUAAAACCGGGAUUAAUUCGUAUCUUUGCAGAUGAAUUGUGCUAUACAAUGCAUGUUAUCAUUCGAUAUGAAAUUGAACGUGGAUUAAUAGAAGGAACCAUGACAGUGGAGGAUGUUCCUGCUGUAUGGAAUGAAAAGAUGCAGGCAUACUUGGGUCUGGAGACACUUGGUAAUGACAAGGAUGGAUGUUUACAAGAUAUUCAUUGGUCUAUUGGGUAUUAUGGGUAUUUCCCUACAUAUGCAUUGGGGGCUAUGGUGGCCGCACAGUUGAUGCAUACAGUGCGUAAGGAACUUGGUAGUGAUUAUGUGAAUGAGUGUAUUAGUAGUGGUAAUCUUCAACCUUUGCUGGUAAAGCAGUAUGAGAAGAUUUGGCAGCAUGGAAGUACAUACAAAACAGAAGAAUUACUCACAAGGGCAACAGGAGAACCACUUAAUCCAAUUUACUACCGCAGACACCUUGAACGUCGUUAUCGUGAUAAUGUUGUAUGGUAA